AUGGGCGGCCCCAUGGGCGGCCCCAUGGGCGGCCCCAUGGGCGGCCCUAUGGGCGGCCCCAUGGGUGCCAUGCCAGGCGCCAUGCCAGGCGGCAUGCCGGCGUCCAUGCCCGGGCCCGGCUUCCCACCCAUGCCUGGCGUGCUGCGACCCCAGGCCGUGCCGGUGCAGCCAGCUCAGGCCAUGCCAGCGCAGCAGCCACCGCCGGGGAAGGACGUGCUGAUGAUGAUCCGCCAGGGUGUGGCUAAACAGGACCGCGUUGCGGUGAAGAACGCCCUCCAACUGGCGUACCAACUGAAGACUCCAAUUGAACCCCCCAUCCUGGAGAUGCUGAAGAAAUGGCUGGGCGAAGAGGCCUUCAAUGCCGCCAUGGGCAAAGCGCCGCCCCCAGCGCCGGCCCCGGCGGAGCCGCCCGCGGCCACGGCGAAAGCCCCACCCGGUGGCGCUCCCGCGCCACCGCUGGUGCUGAUUCGGGAAGGGGUUGCGGCUCAGAACAAGGAUGCAGUGCGUGCUGCCCUGCGCACAGCAGUUCAACAGGAUACGCAGAUCGAUGCUCCUGUGCUGGAAAUGCUUCGAAAGUGGCUGGGAGAGGAUGAUGAGGCGUUGAACACCUUGGCUGGUCGCAGGGGCAUCAACUUGGAGCCGGUCAUCGCCCAGUCCACGGGCAAGGCGCCGCCAACGGCGCCGCCAUCGGCGCCGAAACCCUUGGCGCCAGGAAGCCGGGCAUCGCUACAGACUCGUUCCUCAGCCGGAAGUCCCUGGCAGCCCACCCAGCAAGGCUGCCCCGGCUGCCCCGGCUGCCCCAGCAAAGGCUAA